UAUGCAACACCAGGUACGCCGCGGCCUGCAAAUCCGAUGAUUCAUUCUUAGGAUCACAAGAUGGCACCCAUAACAUUAAUAUGGCAUAUGCGUACCUAAUCUUAUCAGUUAAUAAUAUAGAUUGUUCCAGUUCUUUGAACAAAAUAGAUCAGUUCUGAAGAAUGCCACUCCUGGUGUAGUUCUGAAAAUUUAGAUGGCAACUUGUCGUUCUGAAUGUCAUCAGAAAAUACAGAUCAUCAUGAUUCUGAUGUGUGAUUAUUCUAAUGAUGUGUGAUUAGAAAGUCGUAAGGUUUAAUAGCUAAACUGUAUUUUAUUUUAAUGAUGUAUGAUUAUGAUUGACAUGAACAUAGUGACCUUACUAUCCUGUGUGUGAUUGUCAUGUGCAUAGUGAUCUUGCUACCCCGUGUCACUGUGUGCGAUCUGCAUUUUAGUCUAAUGUUGUAUGGUUUUCUAGGAGUACAGAUAAACUUUGUUUUCAAUCAAUUGUGCCCAGAUUCUGACUUCCGGAUUCAGAUAUUCUCCCCUUCUUGCCAUCGGAUAGAGUAGCAAUUGCAUUCACUUGUGUGCCAGUACGUGCGUAGUUGUAUGUUCCGGGUCUGUUCCUCUUGCUGCUUACCUUUAUCCAUGACAUGCAUAUAAUUGUUUCUUAAUCCGCUCUGAUGGAUUUUAGUGGUUACUUGUGAUAUGUAAUUCACCACUAUUUUCUUAUCUAUGCAGUCCAUGGUGUACCUUAGAUGAUAUUAUAUUUCUUUCUCUGAAUGCAUGUGCAAUGGAUAACAACACGUUAAAAAUUACAGAUGUUGCCCUGUUUACAUAUUCCUUUGUCACCAUAUUGUUGUGAUGGUUCUCUAAAUUAAUGUGUUGAUAUCUAUAUUAUUCUUAACCAUUUUCCAGUUUAAAAAUGGUUCAAAUUAUGGAUACUUCAUAUGAGCCUCUCUGUACUCUAUCCUAAUAGGCCAUUAAGAUCAACGUGAUUUUACACCCUAACCCCGGGAGCAGUCGUCUGUUUCACAGGAUACAAAAGCAGGUGUAAUCUGUCGAACCGCAACAGAUUGGGUGUUGUCAUGCUCAUCCAUUAAUAGUAGCCAAAUCCCUAUAUCCUGAAAAAUAUAAUGAAACAUUUUAACGGUUGUAAAAGAUUUCAAUCAUUCCAAUCAGGCAGCGAUGGCUCGAAGCCCCUGCGACCUCCGCCUCCUCCUCCUUGCUGCCGCUGUAGCUUUCAUCUACAUCCAGGUGCGCCUCUUCGCAACACAAUCCCAUUAUGCUGACCGUCUUGCAGAAGCAGAAAAAUCUGAAAAUCAAUGCACCAGUCAAUUAAAGUCCUUGAUCGAUCAAGUCAGCAUGCAGCAGGAGAAGAUUGUAGCACUGGAAGAGAUGAAGAUACGGCAAGAUGAAGAACGUGCACAGCUGAAGAUUCUCAUACAGGAUCUUGAAAAAAGGAGCGUGCAGAAGUUACUAAACAAGAAUGUGGUUCCUGUUGCUGCUGUUGUCAUAAUGGCUUGCAAUCGACCGGACUAUUUGGAGAGAACAGUUGAAUCUAUCCUGAAGUAUCAGACAUCAGUUGCUUCAAAGUUUCCGCUUUUUAUAUCUCAGGAUGGAACAAAUGGAGCUGUGAAAAAGAAAGCUUUGGAUUAUAAACAGAUAACAUAUAUGCAGCAUGUGAAUCUUGAACCUGUGCAAACUGAAAGGCCAGGAGAAUUGACAGCAUAUUACAAGAUUGCUAAACAUUAUAAGUGGGCCUUAGAUGAGCUAUUCAUUAAACAUAACUUUGCUCGAGUAAUCAUUCUAGAAGAUGACAUGGAGAUUGCCCCGGAUUUUUUUGACUACUUCGAGGCUGCAGCUAAAUUACUUGAUAAUGACAAGACAAUUAUGGCCGUUUCUUCUUGGAAUGACAAUGGGCAAAAGCAGUUUGUUAACGACCAAAAAGCACUUUACCGCUCGGAUUUCUUUCCUGGGCUUGGAUGGAUGUUAACAAAGUCCACUUGGCUUGAACUGUCACCAAAGUGGCCAAAAGCUUAUUGGGAUGAUUGGAUGAGGCUAAAGGAGAUACAUGGAAACAGGCAAUUCAUACGUCCGGAAAUCUGUAGAACAUACAAUUUUGGCAAACAUGGAUCAAGCUUGGGACAAUUCUUCGAGCAAUAUUUGGAACCCAUUAAGUUAAAUGAUGUUCAUAUUGACUGGAAUUCAGAGGAUCUGAGUUACCUUGGGGAGGAUAAGUUUUCAACCAAAUUUGGAAAAGAGGUGGCUAGUGCCACGCCUCUCCAUGGAUCGGAUGCUGUGUUGAAAGCCCACAACAUGGCUGCAGAUGUAAGGAUCCAAUAUGAUGAUCAGGAAGACUUUGAGCGGAUAGCUCGUCAAUUUGGAAUAUUCGAAGAAUGGAAGGAUGGCAUCCCAAGAACUGCUUACAAAGGAGUAGUGGUCUUCCGGUACAAGAGUAGUCCAAGGCGGAUAUUUCUUGUGAGCCCAGAUUCUCUUCGUCAGCUUGGGGUGUAGUGGUGUUGAGAAGAUAAAUUUCACCAUGGAGCCAGUGGUGAAUCCUUUUUUUAUCAAAUGGCAAAUGUCGGCGGAUGCGUCAAUUGAUUUCUGCCAGCAUGGAGCAACUGGGAUGCAUGGUGAAGAAACUUUUGAGAAGUGCCCAAGGGCCAAGGUACUGUUCUUGAUUGAUUUCUGCCAGCAUGGAGCAACUGGGAUGCAUGGCGAAGAAACUUUUGAGAAGUGCCCAAGGGCCAAGGUACUGAGAACAGAGGGGCUUGGUUUAUUGGAACAUUUGAUACAUCAAUAUUAUAUUUUUUCCAUGAAUACGUAAAUGUUUAGAUAGCAAGGGACGCUUAUCCUGUGGUGUAUUUUGGGUUUACACGAUGCUGUGGUAUACACAAAUAGAGAAUGUAGCAGCAGGGCAGUAGCUGACCUGACAUAGUGGGUCUUUUUGGGGUAAAAGAAAGGUGGAAUUUUUUAUGAUAAAAAACAUUCAUGUGAUGCUCCUUAGCUUUUUAUGUGGAGGAGUACAAUGCCAUGGCAUCUUGGAAUCAAGGACGGAUAACUUGUACUGUCA